UAUGUAACUGAACCAAAACAGAAGCCGUAUUCUCUUCUAUCUUCACUUUAAUAACCUCGAAGGAAUAAAAAAGAGAGUAACCAAACCAACAAGUUGUGGACAGAGACCCCAUAGACAAAUAGGCUAGUUUCCCUGUUCUUUGAUCCGAUCAUCAUCGAUGGAAAGGUACGACAUAUUGAGAGAUCUUGGCUCCGGCAACUUUGGAGUUGCAAAGCUCGUCAGAGAGAAAGCCAACGGAAAGUUUUACGCCGUUAAGUACAUCGAAAGAGGCCUUAAGAUUGAUGAACAUGUACAGAGAGAGAUCAUAAAUCAUAGAGACUUGAAGCAUCCCAAUAUCAUCAGAUUCAAAGAGGUUUUUGUAACACCAACACAUCUUGCCAUAGUAAUGGAGUAUGCAGCAGGCGGUGAACUUUUUGAAAGAAUUUGCAGUGCCGGUAGAUUCAGCGAAGACGAAGCAAGGUACUAUUUCAAACAACUUAUCUCGGGAGUUAGCUAUUGUCACGCUAUGCAAAUAUGUCACAGAGACCUCAAGCUCGAGAAUACACUCUUAGAUGGGAGCCCCUCGUCGCAGCUUAAAAUAUGCGACUUCGGGUAUUCGAAGUCAUCAGUUCUACACUCUCAGCCAAAAUCUACCGUGGGAACUCCGGCUUAUGUUGCUCCGGAGGUCCUGUCCCGAAAAGAAUAUAACGGGAAGAUUGCAGAUGUAUGGUCGUGUGGGGUAACAUUAUAUGUAAUGUUAGUUGGUGCUUAUCCCUUUGAAGAUCCAGACGAUCCAAGAAACAUUAGAAAAACAAUUCAGAGGAUAUUAAAUGUACAGUACACCAUACCGGACUACGUCAGGAUUUCCUCCGAAUGCAAGCAUCUCUUAUCUCGUAUCUUCGUUGCUGGCCCUGACAAGAGAAUAACUGUACCGGAAAUCGAAGAACACUCCUGGUUCUUGAAGAAUCCAGGGCCGGUUCUCGCAGAUAAGAACAUAGUGGAAGAAGAAGAAGAAGAAGAGAACUGUGGGCAGAGUGUUGAAGAAAUAGUGAAGAUAAUAGAAGAAGCGAGAAAGGAUGUGAAUGGUAAGAACGACAAUGGUGGAUUAGGCUUAAUAGAUGGAAGCCUUAUUGAUCUUGAUGAUAUCGAUGAUGCUGAUAUUUAUGAUGAGGUCGAUGAUGAUGAUGAGGAGAAGAAUGGUGAUUUCGUAUGUGCUCUAUGAUUUCAUAUCCAUAUUGCAUGUGUAUGCACGUGAAUGCAUGUAUUUUAUGUGUGUGUAGCUUGAGAGUAUCCGAUGAUUUGGUGUUGCAUGUAUUUGUAUAACUUAUAAGUGGAAAUAAUUAACCACUA